GUGCACGCGCGACCGCCGCUCGGAGUUACCAAACCGCAGAGAGGACGGAGAAAGGGAGGGGCAGGAGCUACCGACCAAAGGAGGAGGAGAAGGGGUUGUGCUCCUGACCUAGCGAGGAGAAAGGGGCGGGGCCGUCCAGCUGCGCGCGGAGGUGCAGAGCUCCUGGGACCGGCGGGCGCGCGGGGGUCUGUGGCCCUUGCCCUCCCAGUAGCCGCCGCCGUCGCUUGACCGCCGUCGGUCUGCGGAAGGCGGGUUAUGGCGGCGGCGGCAGUGGGAGCUGUGAAUGAAUUCUCCGGGUGGACGAGGGAAGAAGAAAGGCUCCGGCGGCCCCAGCAGCCCGGUGCCUCCCAGGCCUCCGCCCCCCUGCCUGGCCUCCUCCCGCCCCGCCCCCAGGCCAGCCCCUCCGCCCCAAUCGCCGCAUAAGCGGAACCUGUACUACUUCUCUUACCCGCUGUUCUUAGGCUUCGCGCUGCUGCGUUUGGUCGCUUUCCACUUGGGGCUCCUCUUCGUGUGGCUCUGCCAGCGCUUCUCCCGCGCCCUCAUGGCCGCCAAGAGGAGCUCCCGGGCUGCGCCGGCCCCGGCCUCGGCCUCGCCCCCGGCGCCGGUGCCAGGCGGGGAGGUCGAACGAGUACGAGCCUUCCACAAACAGGCCUUCGAGUACAUCUCCGUUGCCCUGCGCAUCGACGAGGACGAGAAAGUAGGACAAAAGGAGCAAGCUGUGGAAUGGUAUAAGAAAGGUAUUGAAGAACUAGAAAAAGGAAUUGCCGUUGUAGUUACAGGACAAGGUGAACAGUGUGAAAGAGCCAGACGCCUUCAAGCUAAAAUGAUGACUAAUUUGGUUAUGGCAAAGGACCGUUUACAGCUAUUAGAGAAGCUGCAACCAGUUUUGCAAUUUUCCAAGUCACAGAUGGACGUCUAUAAUGAUAGUACUAACUUGACAUGCCGCAACGGACAUCUCCAGUCAGAAAGUGGAGCUGUUCCUAAAAGAAAAGACCCCUUAACACACCCUAGUAAUUCACUGCCUCGUUCAAAAGCGAUUAUGAAAACUGGAUCCACAGGUCUUUCAGGCCACCACAGAGCACCUAGCUGCAGCGGUUUAUCCAUUGUUUCUGGAAUGAGACAGGGGCCUGGUCCUACAACUGCCACUCAUAAGAGUACACCAAAAACAAAUAGAACAAAUAAACCUUCCACUCCUACAACUGCUCCCCGUAAAAAGAAAGACUUGAAGAAUUUUAGGAAUGUGGACAGCAACCUUGCUAACUUUAUAAUGAACGAAAUUGUGGACAAUGGAACAGCUGUUAAAUUUGAUGAUAUAGCUGGUCAAGAAUUGGCAAAACAAGCAUUGCAAGAAAUUGUCAUUCUUCCUUCUCUGAGGCCUGAGUUGUUCACAGGGCUUAGAGCUCCUGCCAGAGGAUUGUUACUCUUCGGUCCACCUGGAAAUGGAAAAACAAUGCUGGCUAAAGCAGUAGCUGCAGAAUCUAAUGCAACCUUCUUUAAUAUAAGUGCUGCAAGUCUAACUUCAAAAUAUGUAGGAGAAGGAGAAAAAUUGGUGAGAGCUCUUUUUGCUGUGGCUCGAGAACUUCAGCCUUCUAUAAUUUUUAUAGAUGAAGUUGAUAGCCUUUUGCGUGAAAGAAGAGAAGGAGAACAUGAUGCCAGUAGACGUCUAAAAACUGAAUUUUUAAUAGAAUUUGAUGGUGUACAAUCUGCUGGAGAUGACAGAGUGCUUGUAAUGGGUGCAACUAACAGGCCACAAGAGCUUGAUGAGGCUGUUCUCAGGCGUUUCAUCAAACGGGUAUAUGUGUCUUUGCCAAAUGAGGAGACACGACUACUUUUAUUAAAAAAUCUAUUAUGUAAACAAGGAAGCCCACUGACCCAAAAGGAACUGGCACAACUUGCUAGAUUGACCGACGGAUACUCAGGAAGUGAUCUAACAGCUUUGGCAAAAGAUGCAGCCCUGGGUCCUAUCCGAGAACUGAAACCAGAACAAGUGAAGAAUAUGUCUGCCAGUGAGAUGAGAAAUAUUCGAUUAUCUGACUUCACUGAAUCCUUAAAAAAGAUAAAACGCAGCGUGAGCCCUCAGACCUUAGAAGCAUACAUACGUUGGAACAAGGACUUUGGAGACACCACUGUUUAAGCCUGCAGAAUGUCGUACUUUCCAAGAGAGAAACUCACCAUCUUCAAUGAAUAGUUAGCAGCUACAGAAACUCAACCCAAGUUUACACGACUUUUUAGAGUCCUAAAAUUAUUUGUGCACCCCAGAAGAUGAACCAUAAAAUAAAUAAAGUAUACAGUACAAAUGGAA